GUCUCCCUGGUAUACACCUCCAAUGGCAAUUGGUACCACACCUGCGGAGGGUCCCUGGUAACCAACAACUGGGUCCUGACGGCUGCCCACUGCAUCAGCGACUCCAGGACCUACCGCGUGGCGCUGGGACGGCACAACCUCUACACUGCAGAGUCCGGCUCGCUGACCGUCAGUGUCUCUAAGACUGUGGUGCAUCCGGACUGGGACUCCAGCGAUGCCUCCAAAGGGUAUGACAUUGCCCUGCUCAAACUGGCUAACCCCGUCUCUCUCACCGACAAGAUCCAGCUGGCCUGCCUCCCUCCUGCCGGCGCCAUUCUACCCAACAAGUCCCCCAGCUACGUCACGGGCUGGGGAUAUCUGCAUACCAACAGGGCUGUCCCUGAUGACCUGCAGCAGGGCCAGUUGCUGGUUGUGGACUAUGCCACCUGCUCCAGCUCCCGCUCUUGGGGCAGCACCGUGAAGACCAAUAUGAUCUGCGCUGGGGGUGAUGGCGUGAUAUGUACCUGCAACGGAGACUCCGGCGGGCCGCUGAACUGUCAGGCAGCUGACGGCCGGUGGGAGGUGCAUGGCAUCGGCAGCCUCACGUCCGUCCUUGGCUGCAACUACUACUACAUGCCCUCCAUCUUCACACGGGUCUCCAACUAUAAUGACUGGAUCAAUUCGGUGAUUGCAAAUAACUAACCAAAAGAAGUCCCCGGGACGGUUUCAGACUUGGAAAGGUCACAGAAGGAAAAUAAUAUUAUAUAAAGUGACAACUAUAUAAAUCACA